GAAGCCAGCAAAUCGUUCAUCGACUCCUUGAACUAGCAUCAUGUUCCGGGUUUACAUAUUAUGAAAUAUCACCAGGAACUGACAAAAAUAUAAUUGAUACGUGCUUGAAGAGACUUGUAGCCCGUAGAAGGAGGAAAAAGAGGGAAGCGUCAAGAAAAGAACUUGAGGACGCCGAAAGACAAGAGUUUCUUGACAAAUUGGCAAAUUUGGCUCUAAAAUCGACGCCUACUCCACCGUCUCACUUCGAUAGUCACUCUACAUACCCUAAGAACAAAGCGGCCGUUGAUAUUCUUGGUCCUGUUGACGAGGUUUUCUCUGUAGAUAAUAACGCACAGAUGAUGAGAAUGAUACAGUAUUCAUCAGCUGAUGUGAGCUUUGCCCGUGAGGGUCCGGAGGAUUCUGCCUGUGGUACAGAUACCAGACGUUGUAAGGAUUGUAAGACGUACGAUAAAUCCGAUGACCCUUGGGACUGGUGCCUGACUCGAACAAUGACCCCUAGAAUGGCUCUUAGACUCCGACGACUUGCAAUUCUCAGUAAACAUCAACUGGAUGUAAUAGUGCCACAGGAGCUGGAUGAAGCCGACAUAAUGAUAUAUGGGAACGUUGGCAGAGCAUUGCGCUUUGAAACUACGAAUUCAACGUUCUCCCCGAUAUCGCUUGCCAACCUAGCGAUUGCUGCAGGGUUCGACUACAUUGCUCUUUCCGGUACUCUAUAUGUUGACGUAUUUGUACGAGAUCAAGCGGGAUACUGGGCCACUCUAGAGAUCUAUCCUCGUGUCAGUAUGUUACAUGUCAAUCCAGCAACUUCUGAAAUAGAUGACUAUAAACCAAUUUAUGUGAAAAAGAUUUCUGCCGAAACCAUUCCUGGCAUCGUCGAUGGCAUCAACGAAAAGCUACCCAUGUCAGAUAAUUACAUCGUCUCAGAUUUCAAACCAUUCGGAAGACGCUAUUUCCGAAUUGACGUGCGAUUGAUAGAAUGCUUGGAAGAAGUCACCAGUGAUUUAGGCAGCAAGUUGCGAAUUCUAGCGGGCUACAAAACAAGUUCCAUGAAUGACGAGAACAUCGAAGAGAGGCACGAGGAAGAGAAGAUAUUUUACACCCGAGGUCAAGCCGUGCAAAUAUCGGGGUAUAUGAUCGAUGAUGGUACACGCUUUGACCUUAAUGUUGUGGUAUCCUCGCUGAUAAAGAGUUGUGUACCUGCUCUCAGCCUUAAACAGAUGGUAUUGAGUAUCGGCUGUCAUGCUACAUUUAUCUAUGUUGAUAUAAGGGAGAAGAAUUCGGAUGUCUCUGUCAAUUUCUGGAAUGAAGGAAAUGACCAAUUAUAUAUGUUCACCAAAAAUUUGGUAGACAUUCAUCAAAAAGGAGGCGUUCUUGUGCAAAGAAAAAAUACUGGCACAAAAUGUGCAGAACAUCCAUUGGGAACAGAUGCGUUCUAUAUCAAAUAUGGAGACAGCGAUUGUAAUCCUGGUGGUUACUACGUCAACUUCUGUGAUGAUACCAAAUCACGUAGGAAGGACCAGUCCUCAAGCCUUGUUUCACAUCUGUGGUCGGGUGCACAGGCACUCUCAAAACCAGAACUUGAGAGACAAGCAGACGACUGUUUGGUUAUUAACUGUGGAGGAUGCAUCGGCAAAGGGGAUAUCUGGAACAGGAAGCUGCGUGCAUGUUAUGGCCUCUUGAAGAUGAUCAUUGAGGCCACUGCGUCCCCUUUCCCAAAUAUGACGGAUAAUGCAGCAUUCUUUAACACAGAAAAUCAGGACUCAAAGAUCCAUUCCCUAGCCUGUCACGAUGACAGCGUCUGUGUUGAAAAUCUCCCGCUCUUCUCAAACUUCAUUUCGACGGUGAACGAGAAGUACCGACCAUUCGAUGAUAAAAGCAUUGAAGAGAUGUUGUUUGGUCCAAGUGACAACCCGUCUCCAGUACUGGAUAUGUUAGAGCAGGAAAUGGCAUAUCGGGUCAGAGGUCAUAUCCGGGUAUAUAUAGAAACAAAUGAUGACUUGUCUGCUUUGGAACAAGUUUUGAAGAUUGUAAUGGUUUACAACAAAAAUGUUACGGAUGUCUCUGUUGAGAUAACGGACGAAACUCUCCGAGAUUUCACUAGAAGUCGAAUCCAAAAGAAACUUGACAAAUGGAGUAGUUCAGUUUGUCCGUAUCUCAGUCGACAAAUCAUUGCUCCGUACACCAUAUCCCUAUUACCGGAAGUUCGAACACGUCGUAGCAUAGAACUGAGUAAGGAACGGAACAAACGGAAGGCGCAAAUGCGGAACUGGGAACUUGAAUGGGCAUCGAAUAUCAGUCUGUGA